GCGCCCCGGUCGCUCGUCGCCGCCGCGUGGGCGCCCGUCGCCGCGUUCGACGAGUCGGGCGGCGACGACGCGCGCGACCUCGCGCCCGCGCCCAUGCUCCACGUCGAGUUCCCGGCGUACGCGGGCACGCUCGUCGGCUGGGCCGCCGCGCGGGACCCGCCGCGCGCGCCGUGGCACGUCCAGGCCGUCGCGCGCCAGGUCCUGACGGCGCUCCAGGUCCUGCACGCGGCGGGCGUCGCGCACGGCCACGUCGAUCCGCGCGCGGUCGUGCUGCUCGCCGGCGACCCGCCGAACCGCGCGCAGCUCGCGACGCGGCCGCUCGUCGCCGCGCUCGCCGCGGACGCGGCCGCCGAGGCCGCGGCGACCGAGCCCGCCGCGCAGUUCGUCGCGCCCGAGGUCGCCGGCGGCGGCGGCGCGUCCGCCGCGGCAGACGUGUACGCGUUCGGCGCGGUGCUGCGGUGGCUCUGGCGCGCGACGGCCGCCGGUGGCGGCGCCACCGGCGGGGCGCGCACAGGCGCGCCGGCGGCCGGCGAGGACGAGCUCCGGACGCUCGUCGCGCGCCUCCUGGUCGCCGACCCGCGCGCGCGGCCGUCCGCGGCGGACGUCGCGCUCCAUCCGUACUUCACGGACUCGUACGUGGACCGCUACGUCGCGGGCGGGGACAUCGUCGGCGUCAACGCCAAGCUCGCGGCGGUGCGCGACCUGCUCGCCGCCGUCCGGUCCGCGUCGCGCCGCGCGCGCGCGGACCUGGCCGUCGCGCGCGGCCCCGGGCUCGCGGACCGGGUCUUGGCCUUCUUCGGGCGCGACGCCGUCGCCGCGCGGCGCCGCGGCGGCGGCGGGGAGGACGGCGCGGCCGGCGUCCCGCCCGCGCGGCGGCCGCUCCGCGUCACGUUCGAGGGCGAGGCCGGCGUAGACGAGGGCGGCCUCGCGCGAGAGAUGUUCGCGCUCUUCUUCGAGGGCGCGCUCGCGCCGGCCGCCGGGCUCUUCGAGGACGCCGGCGGCGAGGUCCUGCUCCCCGCGCGCCUCCCGCGCGGCGAGGGCGCGGCGGCGCGCGCGGCGCGCGCCGACCGCCUCGAGGCGUUCGGCCGGGCGCUCGUCGCCGCGCUCUACGAGGGCUGCGGCGCGCCGCCGCGCCUCGGGCCGAGCCUCUUCAAGUACCUCGCGCACGGCGCGGCGCACGCUGCCGCCGGCGACGGCCGCGCGCUGCGCGACCUGCAGAAGUUCGACCCGGCGCUCGGCGCGUCGCUGGAGCGCAUGCUGGCGCGCGCCCCGCCCGACGGCCAAGGCUGGGGCCUCGACUUCGGCGACGUGUCGUCGUCCGACGACGACGCCGGCGGCGGCGCCCGCGCCGUCACCGAGGCGAACAAGCACGCGUUCGUCGUGCUCAAGGUCCGCCGCGCGCUCGUCGGCCGCCGGCGCGACGCGCUCGAGGCGAUACGGCGCGGCUUCGUCGCCGCGCUCCGCGAGCUCUCGCCCGAGGCGGCGCCGUUCCUCAAGCUGUUCUCGUCGACGGACUGGCGCGUGCUGCUCUGCGCGGACGACGACCGCCUCACGCCCGACCGAGUCCUCGACGCGCUCGCGUUCGUCGGCUGGCCCAAGCGCUCCGUCGUGCCCGACGCGCUCAGGCGGAGCGUCCGCGCCUUCGACAAGGACUCGCUCCGUCGCUUCCUCGUCUUCGCGACGGGCUCCCCGGGCCUCCCGUCGGCGCCGGGCUUCGAGAUCCAGGUCCGCGCGCAGCCGCGGUCGCCGGCGCUGCCCGUCGCCCACACGUGCUUUUUCCACCUCGACAUCCCGGACUACGCCGACGAGGGCGAGUUCGUCGCGAAGCUGACGACCGCCAUCCUCGAGUGCGGGACCUUCGACCGCGUCUGACGGCCGGCGGUCGCCGCGGCGGUCGCGGUAAUUAAUGAAUAAGGA